UUCUUUCGCUUUUAAUUUUGGUUCUCGACUAUAAUCAUGGCUUCCAGGAACUUAGGUCGGCAUAUUUUUGGUCAAAUUUUGCUAAAUAAUGGCCGAAAGAACGUAUUCAAGUUCUCAGGAGCUCAUGCAAGAUGUAUGUCAACACAAGGAGAGUUCAUCAUCACUGAAAAGAAAGGUGAGAAGCAGAAUGUUGGUUUUAUCCAGCUGAACAGAAGGAAAGCCCUGAAUGCACUAUGUGAUGGUUUAAUGAAAGAAGUCGAGGCAGCCAUUGAUACAUUUGAGGCAGAUGAUAGCAUUGGCUGCAUUGUUCUCACAGGAGGAGAAAAGGCAUUUGCUGCUGGUGCAGAUAUCAAAGAGAUGAAGGACAAAGAGUUUGCACAAGUGUUUAAGGGAAAUUUUCUGACCUACUGGAACAGGCUGGCAGGCUGUAAGAAACCUGUCAUUGCAGCUGUAAAUGGUUUUGCUCUUGGAGGAGGCUGUGAAAUAGCAAUGAUGUGUGAUAUAAUAUAUGCUGGAGAGAACGCCCAGUUUGGACAGCCAGAAAUAACAAUAGGAACAAUACCCGGUGCUGGAGGUACCCAGAGACUGUGUAAAGCUAUUGGGAAGUCAAAGGCAAUGGAGAUGGUGCUGACCGGUAACAGGAUUAAUGCACAGGAAGCUGAGAAGGCAGGACUAGUCAGUAAAAUAUUCCCUGUGGACCAGGUGGUUGACGAGGCAAUUAAAACUGCAGAACAAAUUGCUGGAUUCUCAAAUGUCACCACUGGUAUGUGUAAAGAAGCUGUCAAUGCAGCAUAUGAGAUGUCAUUGGCAGAAGGUUUGCAUUUUGAGAAGAGACUUUUCCAUGCUACGUUUGCAACAAAUGACAGAAAAGAAGGGAUGACAGCAUUUUUGGAGAAGAGGAAACCAAAUUUCACAGACAGCUAAAAGUGCCAUAAUGUGCCGUUUUAUAUAGGAUCUUAAUCAGAUACAACUGUGUGAUAUGUUACAAACAUACAAAUGAUGGCAGAUAUAUAGUUUGGACCUUUACAUGUCUCACAUUUUUUAAGUAUUUUGUAUUGAUAAUUUAAAAAAAAAAGUUAAAUGAUGAACAAUGUAUUUAACCUUUAGCUUGCUGUCAGCAAGUGAUUCAGCCUUUGUGACCAGUGAAGAUCAAGAUCAGCCUGCACAUCGGUGCAGGCUGAUCAUCAUUUGCACUGUUCACUAUUCAGUCAGUAAAUUUUUAGUGAACACCCACGCAAAUAGUAAAUGGUACUGCCCAUUUUAGAAAUUUAGCGUGGUAAAUGUUAAGAAAUCAGGGAGUUGGAUCAAAUCUUUGUUCACUGUUUAAUCUGUAUCCUAUAAAUUAUAUCAUCAUUGUGAAGCAUAAAGCUUGAGAAAAAAGUCUCUGCAGGCGAUUUCAGCUUAUAGCUACAUUGAUUUGUCUAUGAUUGCUUGAUUAGAAAUAUAUUUGAUUAAUUCAAUCUAAACAGGGUACUACUUUGAAGUUUUUUUUUGUAGACUAAGGGCAGAUAUUUUUUUUUUAAAGUAAAAUUCAAAAUCUUUGUUUGUUUUUUGUGAGCACAAGUUGUUCAAGUUUGAAUUGACUAGUUCUAUAAAAAUUAUGAUACAAUUUUGAAGUGUGAUAUACUUUUAAGGCAAUAAAGCAUAAUAUGAGUCACUACUUUUGUAUAAAAAUGAUGUGUCCUUGUUCUGUGUGGCGAGUAUUAAAUGAUUUUGUAUUAUAUAAUUAUGCAGUAUGAUAAAUUACUUUUGAAUAAAAUAGAAUAUGCAAAACUUGA